GGAUCGAUAUUGGGUCCCAUGCUUUUCAACCUUUACGUCAACGACCUCCAAAAUGAUUUUACCUGCAGGUGCUUCCAAUACGCCGAUGAUACAACAGUUUACCGUAGUUGUACUCCUAAAAAUCUCAGUCAAUGUGUGCAAGAAAUGAAUGACAACAUACAAACUCUCGAAACUUGGGCCACAGAAUCCAAUCUCUUGUUGAAUGAAAAUAAGACUAAGCAGAUGCUGAUAAGCACUCGACAGAUGUCAAGAAAGAACUCAUAA